ACUUUUAUAUUCAAUUAACAAACCAAAUGCAUGUCUCAAAUGCAUGUAGAUGGACAUGACAGCCUUGUGGAUUUACAAUUCAUGCUGUAACAGGAUCUUCAAGCUAAUUUGAAAGCAAAUUGUGUAAACAGCAAUCAGUAAGUAUUCAGUAUUCUACAAUGGCAUCGAAAUCUUUUUCCGAAGAGGACUUCACCUGUCCUGUGUGCUGUGACGUCUUCAAGGACCCUGUUGUCCUCUCAUGCAGUCACAGCUUCUGUAAAGUCUGUCUGCAGCAGUUCUGGGAAACCAAAGGGUCAAGGGAAUGUCCAGUCUGCAGGCGAAGGUCAUCAAAGUAUAAUCCUCCUCGUAACCUCCACUUAAAAAACCUGUGUGAGACCUACUUACAGCAGAGAAGUCAGAGGGCUUCAGCAGGGUCUGAGGUGCUAUGCAGUCUGCACAGUGAGAAACUCAAGCUCUUCUGUCUGGAGGAUAAACAGCCUGUGUGUGUGGUGUGCAGAGACUCCAAAAAACACACUGGCCACAAAUUUCACCCUGUUGAUGAAGCAGCCCUUGACCGUAAGGAGGAGCUCAAGAUCAAACUGCAGCCCUUACAGAAGAAACUGAAGACCUUUGAGAAGACUAAAGUCACCUGUGAUCAAACAGCAAAACACAUCAAGACUCAGGUCCUAAACACAGAGAGGCAAAUCAAGGAUGAGUUUGAGAAGCUUCAUCAGUUUCUACGAGAUGAAGAGGCGGCCAGGAUAGCUGCACUGAGGGAGGAAGAGGAGCAGAAGAGUCAGAUGAUGAAGGAGAAGAUUGAGAAGAUGAACAGAGAGAUCUCAUUUCUUUCAGACACAAUCAGAGCCAUAGAGGAGGAGAUGGGAGCUGAUGAUGUCACAUUCUUGCAGAACUACAAGAGCACAGUGGAAAGAGCCCAGUGCACACUGCAGGAUCCAGAGAGGGUUUCAGGAGCUCUGAUCAAUGUGGCAAAGCACCUGGGCAACCUGAAGUUCAGAGUCUGGGAGAAGAUGCAGGAGACUGUUCAGUACACUCCUGUGACUCUGGAUCCCAACACUGCAAAUCCACAACUCAUCCCGUCUGAGGAUCUGACCAGUGUGAGAUGGGGUGAUGAGGAGCAGCAGCUUCCUGAUAACCCAGAGAGAUUUGAUGAGUAUGCCAGUGUCCUGGGCUCUGAGGGCUUUAACUCAGGGACUCACUGCUGGGAUGUGGAGGUUGGGGAGAACACACAGUGGGGUGUGGGUGUGAUGGCAGAGUCUCACCAGAGGAAGGGAGAAUAUGAUGAUGUGAGUGGAGAAGUGUACAUGUGGUAUGAUGAUGGUGAAUAUACAGCACAUGCUCCCCCACAGCCUGACACACCCAUCCCAGUGAAGCAGAAACUCCAGAGGAUCAGAGUGCAGCUGGACUGGGACAGAAGAGAGCUGUCAUUCUCUGACCCUGAUAAUAACACACACCUACACACUUUCAAACACACUUGCACUGAGAGAGUGUUUCCAUACUUUAAUGGCAGUAAGGAGUCUCCUAUGAGGAUCUUACCAGUGAAGGUUUCAGUAAGAGUAGAGCAGCCCAGUUAGAGCUGAUAGUGUCUCUGUGUGGACCAGAACUGAUCAGCAUGAGGAGAUGAAUCAGUUAGAGGAGACUCUGAGGACUGAGAGAUCACCAGCAUGAGACAAACUGACUUUUUUUUUUAUUCUCAAUUUGUUGUAUGGAUGUCACUGUAUAAAAUAUGUUUAAAGGGCUAAAGUUGAAUAAUAUGUAAGUAAAGGAGUAGUUUAAGUUUCCAUUGAAACACUAUGGAACAGUUUAGUCAUUUAACUCAUAAAUGCUGUUUCAAAUAAAUUUAC